AUGGUUCGCGUCACCGUACCCGAGCUCUUCGCAGUGCACUCGUGGAUGCAGAGCAUCGACACCACGUUCGACGCCACCGAUAUCCUCAUGAUGCUCGACGACUUCCAAGGCGACUUUUCCAUCCAAGCCGCUGGAGUUCCCAGCACGGCCACUACAAACAAGCACAACGCUGCCGAUGCGCACGCCGCGGCAGUGCGCUCCGUCUACUACUGCAAGGUCCAAACGACACAAACGGUUCUGAACGCGGCAACCGAGGUGAUCAAAGACGACAAGAUUCGAGUCAGCCGCAUCGAAGCGACGCGCCGCGCGUCAGCCCUCUUUGUCCAGAUCCAAGAGAGCAACCUUAUGCGCGCACAGAAAAAGAGCAAAGAACUCGUUGCGCAUUGCCUUGAGUUCCAAGCAAGACACCCCAUCGCAACCGCUGGUGCCUACUAG